AUGGCUCUUCCUUUAGUACUCUCCAUAUCUAUAAUUCUCAUCUUUCUUUCUUAUAAACUCUACCACCGGCUGACGGCCAAGCUGCCGCCGGGUCCGUGGCCGUGGCCAGUCAUCGGAAACCUCUUCGACAUAACGCCGGUGAGGUUCCGAUGCUUUGCUGAAUGGGCCCAAAUUUAUGGGCCCAUUUUCUCAUUUUACCUUGGUUCACAACUAAAUGUGGUGGUGAACAAUGCAGAAUUAGCUAAAGAAGUUCUCAAAGAUAAUGACCAAAACUUGGCCAACAGGUUUAGAACUAAGCCUCUUGAAAAUGUUAGUAAAAAUGGGAUGGAUUUAAUUUGGGCUGAUUAUGGGCCUCAUUAUGUGAAAGUAAGGAAGCUUUGUAAUCUCGAGCUUUUUACUCCUAAAAGACUUGAAGCUCUUAGACCUAUUAGAGAAGAUGAAGUUAUUGCCAUGGUUGAAAACAUCUUCAGAGACUCUAUUAAGCCUUGCAAUGUUAGUAAAACCUUGAUGUUGAGGAACUACUUGGGAUCAGUAGCAUUCAACAACAUAACAAGACUAACAUUUGGGAAAAGAUUUAUGAAGUCAGAAGGUGAAAUUAAUGAGCAAGGUGAAGAGCUCAAAGCCAUAGUGUCCAAUGGGUUAAAGAUUGGAGGAAAGCCUAAUUUGGGAGAGUUUGUUCCAUGGCUGCGUUGGGUUUUUAAGGAUGAUAAUGAAGCUCUCGAGGCUCAAGACAGGCGUUUGGAAAAUUUUACAAGAAUUAUAAUGGAAGAACACACUCUUGCUAGGAAGAAAACUGGGGAAACCAAACACCAUUUUGUUGAUGCUUUGCUUACCCUUCAGAAGCAGUAUGAUCUUAGUGAUGACACCGUUAUUGGCCUUCUUUGGGAUAUGAUAACAGCAGGGAUGGACACAGUAGCCAUUACAGUUGAAUGGGCUAUGGCAGAACUGAUAAAGAAUCCAAGGGUUCAACUAAAGGUCCAAGAGGAGCUAGACCGGGUUAUCGGGUCAAACCGGAUCGUAAACGAAUCGGAUAUCUCCAAACUCUCUUAUCUACAAUAUGUAGUCAAAGAAUCACUAAGGUUGCAUCCUCCAACUCCCCUAAUGCUACCUCAUAUGGCAAGUAACAAUGUCAAAGUGGGUGGUUACAACAUUCCUAAAGGUUCAAUUGUACAUGUUAAUGUUUGGUCCUUAGGUCGUGAUCCAAGAAUUUGGAAAGAUCCUUUGCAAUUUUGGCCAGAAAGAUUUAUAAAAGAGGAUAUUGACAUGAAGGGACAUGACUACAGAUUACUGCCUUUUGGUGCCGGAAGACGUAUAUGUCCAGGUAUGAAUCUUGCCAUUAAUUUGGUCACGUCUAUGCUAGCACAUUUGUUGCACCAGUUUACUUGGUCUUUGCCUCCUGGUGUUAAGCUUGAAGAUGUUGAUAUGUUGGAGAGUCCUGGUACAGUUACCUACAUGCACACUCCAUUACAAGUUGUUCCUACUCCUAGGUUACCUCUACACUUGUAUGCACAUAUAAGCCAAUGAAAUACGUAACAUUUUUUUUUAUUUAAAUCACUCGGGCUUAUUAUUUUCAUGUACUUUUAUUUAUAAAUUCUGAAGAAGAAAAAUACAACAAGGGUACUCAAACAUACCUUA